AUGCCUGGUGGGUCUGCGCCUUGGUCUUCCGUCCGCAUAAUGGGCUCUCUUUUGGUCUGGUUGCUAUGCUGUCUGCCGGGGGUCGUCGCAGAAAUCGAUUCAGUAUUUCGAUCGAGACCUGAUCUAUAUCCCCCCGUCCUCACUAUAGAACGCAGCAGCCCCGACAAAGUUACUCCAGGAUAUAUUUUUGUUGGGCCGUAUGAGGCGGCUAACUCAGGUCCUUAUAUUUAUGAUAAUGACGGCAAUCUAGUAUGGAGCGGCUGGGGAAGUUCCGGUCCCGGCAACGCGCACGGCAUGCAUGUGUGCAAAUACAAAGGGGAAGAUCAUCUUUGCUUCUUCCAAGGUGUUCAACAGAAUGGAUAUUGCCGGGGCCAUGGCGUCAUCAUGGACAAUCAAUAUCGUACCGUGAAGACGGUCCUCCCUGGGGGUGGAAUGGCGUCGAGCGAUAUGCACGAGUUUCUACCCAUUAACGACGGCAAAACUGCACUGUUGACCGUAUAUCAACAGCGACAGUUCGAUAUGAGCUUAUGGAAUGUCAAGACUGGGAUGGGGUGGUUGAUGGAGAGUGUUUUCCAGGAAGUGGAUGUGGAAACGAACGAGGUGCUGUUUGAGUGGAAGUCGCUUGACCAUGUUGAUCCUACAGCUAGCUACACCUAUCCUGGCCACACUGAUACGUCGGGAACCGGGCUGGACCCGCGCUCCCCGUGGGAUUAUUUCCACAUCAAUUCCGUCGAUAAAAACGAGGACGGUGAUUACCUGAUCUCGUCGCGACACACGUGCGCGAUCUACAAAAUCUCCGGCCAGAAUGGGACGGUGAUCUGGCAGUUACAUGGCGCCAACCCGUCCUUCACAAAUAUCAACUUUAGUUUCUCUCAGCAGCACGAUGCACGAUUCCUGAACGAAAACGGUACUCACACCUUACUGUCCUUGUAUAACAACGGCUACAAUGGGUUCAACCAAACACACGAAUAUUCCUCCGGUAUGAUCAUUUUGAUCGACCAUGUGGCUAAGACGGCCACUCAGGUGCGCGAUUAUGCCCCUUUGAAUAUGGACAUGCUUAGCUCGAGUCAGGGCAACAUGCAGGUCCUGCCUAAUCACCAUGUGUUCAUGGGAUGGGGGAACAAUGCGUACGUCUCCGAACACGACCAGAACGGCAACCUGGUGCUGUGGGGAUACAUUGAUAAGGACAAAAUCAUGAACUAUCGCGCUCAAAAGUUCCAGUGGGACGGGAUGCCGACGGACGUGCCUGCUCUGUGGACAUAUUCUCGAUCGACCGAGCCCUUCUCCUCAUUGACCUUGUACGUAAGUUGGAACGGUGCAACACGAGUGAGGUAUUGGCGGUUCUACGGUGCCAUGAACAUGACAGGUCCGUAUGCAUUGUUAAACCAAGUGACGAAGAAGGGCUUCGAGACGAGUUAUACGUUUCCGCACUACUACCCAUGGACGUACGCGGAGGCUGUAGAUCUCGAGGGCAAGGUGUUGGGCAAGUCGCGGCAUAUGUUUACUUUUACACCUUCCGGGGAACUGCAACAGUACUGCGCGGACAAUAUGUGCGAGAAUGCUCCGGCGUAUGGGCUUCCUGGCGAAGAGGGAGCCGGUGCAUUCAUCCCUCCGCUGGGCCUUGUUACUGUGCCGUGGGUUGACCCAGAGAACCCGGAAGCCCAUUACGACUGGGGUGAGUCUUCAGAGCCCGGGUCACAACCGCUGGAUGAUGCCAAGGAUACUUUGAAGACUGCAUACGGUGAGCUUUCCUUACUCCAGAAUGGCAAUUUAAAGAUCUGGAAACUAACCACGGAGAUGUUCCCAGAGCGCGGAUGGUUUGUCCCUAUCUUGGCGGUUGGUGUGGCCGCGAUCGGGGUUUACAUGGUGGUUCGAAAGUGCCGACUGCGACGACCUGAUAACUACGCGGUGAAAGAGCGCCGAUCAUUAGAGCCAUUGGACGAUUCCAUCGACGAGCCUAAACAGAUGAGCGACAUGCCGUGGUGGCAUUGGCGGCGAUGGGCCGGAGCAUCCGACGGGCCUCGCUACUUCCCCUUGACGGAGCCGGGUUCGAGAAGGAACGGAGAUAUGCCCUCGGAGUAG